AUGGCCAUUGGUUUGGAUAUCGACACGGGUUCCAUUGGGUUCCCCCGCAUGGGCCCCAACCGCGAGCUGAAGUUUGCCCUGGAAAAGUUCUGGAGGGGCACCAUCGACGAAACUCAGCUCCGCGCCGUGGCAGAGAUGGUUGAAACGCAAAAUUGGACCGCCCAACAAGCCCGCGGCAUUGACCGCGUCGCGGUGGGUAUGUUUUCGUUCUACGAUCAUGUGCUGGACUGGACAACUUAUUUGGGCACUGAGCCUCAGCGCUUCCAGAAUAUCACCAACGGCCUUGACCGAUACUUCGCGAUGGCUCGUGGUGUCGAUGGCAUCCCUGCCUUGGAUAUGACCAAGUGGUUCGACACCAACUACCACUACGAGGUUCCGGAAUUGAAUGUCCACACCGCCCCAAAGGCGAAUUUUGGUUUGUUCCUUGCCACCGUCCAACGUGCUCAAAACGUGCUGGGUGUCGACAAGGCUGUGCCUGUGAUUUUGGGGCCCCUUACCUACCUCGCGUUGGCAAAAUACGACCAAACAACCACGCUUGCCCAAAUUCUCAUCAAGAUUUUACCGCUGUAUGCGCAACUGCUCCAGGAAUUGGCCACCCUCGGUGUGAAGGAAGUGCAAAUCCACGAGCCUGCCCUCGUCGGCGCCCAUGCACAUGCAAUGCUACCGCACCUGACCACCGUCUACGGGUCAAAGGACACGUCGGGGGCUUUGACGCACGACGCUGUCGCACUGCACUUGGUCACGUACUUCGAAGCCAUCGACGAAGACGUGUACAAGUGGUUUAUUGAUUCCAAGAUCGCGGCUUUGUCAUUGGAUUUCACACGUGGUGACAACUUGAGCAUCUUGGAAAAGUUUGGCUUUCCAUCUGGUAAGCGGCUGGGCGCUGGGGUGGUCGACGGCCGCGGCAUUUGGAAGGUGUCUACGUCAUUGAUCGCCGUGAUCAAGACGAUUGUCGACGUCUUGUCAACGAAUCCGAACGCGGCGGUGACAAUUCAACCCAGCUCGUCACUCCAGCACGUGCCGUACACGACAAAAGCCGAAGUGAACUUCCAGAAGAACCUCGCAGCCCUCUUUGGCGUGCUUAGCUACGCCUAUGAAAAGCUGGACGAAGUCGUGGUGAUCGCAAAGGCCAUUCAAUCGAACACUCUGGAUGCAGCCUUUGAAAAUGUCGCGUCUGCGUGGGCCACGUACUACAAGGAGAACCCAGCCAAGGCAGCAGUCCGAUCUCGUGUGGCCAACGUGACGGAGUCGGACCUGAAGCGUCCGUCCGACUUCGCCACCCGCCGUCCCCUGCAAAUGACGACCUGCCCAAUCUUGCCCACCACGACAAUUGGGUCGUUUCCACAAACCCCCCAGAUUCGUGCGCUUCGCUCGCAGUUAAAGGCUGGCAAGAUCACCCAAACCAGCUACGAAGCUCAAAUCGAUGCUCAAAUCGCAUACAACAUUGGCGUGCAAGACGCUCUUGGUCUCGAUAUUCUCGUCCAUGGGGAGCCUGAGCGCACGGACAUGGUCGAGUUCUUUGCCGAGAAGCUCAACGGGUUUGCGUUCUCGCAAAAUGGUUGGGUGCAGUCGUACGGAUCCCGCUGCGUUCGCCCCCCCGUUAUCUACGCGGACUUGGAGCGCCCUGAGGACAUGACAGUGCGCGAAUUCGUCGUUGCCCAAGGCGUUUCGGUGAACAAGCCGGUCAAGGGCAUGCUUACUGGCCCCGUGACGAUCUUGAACUGGUCGUUCCCUCGCCUCGACAUCUCGCGCAAGGAUCAAGCGUACCAACUUGCGCUGUGCCUUCGCGACGAAGUGUCCGCGUUGGAAGCUGCUGGCUGCUCCAUCAUCCAAGUCGACGAACCUGCACUGCGCGAAGGCAUGCCGCUGAAGCCGACGAAGAAGGAUGCGUACCUCCGAUGGGCGGUUGACGCCUUUCGCUUGUCCACGGCGGUCGCAGCGAACGCGACGUCCAUCCACACGCACAUGUGCUACUGCGAAUUCAACGACUGCAUGCCGAGCAUCGACGAGAUGGAUGCCGACGUCAACUCGAUUGAAAACGCUCGCUCCGGCGACGAAACCAUUCGUGCGUUCAAAUCAAUUGGGUACAAAAAGAACCUCGGCCCUGGCGUGUACGAUAUCCAUUCGCCCGUCGUGCCCCCCAAGCAGGAAAUCGUGGACAAACUGCACAGCUUCCUCGCGCUGUUGCCUGCGUCGCAGUUGCUUGUAAACCCGGAUUGCGGGUUGAAAACCCGCCAGUGGCCCGAGACCAUCGCGGCGCUGAAGAACAUGGUGGAUGCCACCACUCAAGUCCGUGAAACAUUGAAGUAA